AUGUGUCGUAUUGAAAUGAAUAUUUCUGAAACGGUUAACAAUAGUAAAUGCGUAACUGGUAGUGCUGGAAAAGCAUCUAUUCAUUGUUAUUAUGAUCCUCAAUCAACGUCAAAACUAUUACUAACGCACGUUAACUGGACACAACUAGAUUCUUUCAGGGCUGAUGAAUUUUAUUAUGUAAGUAACUGGACAGCUCAAGGUGGAUACUAUAUUAAUCUUCGCUCAUUAAAAACAACUAGCACAUCGACAACAACCAGUACAACUGCUACUACGUCAACUUCAACAACAACAACAGCCUCUGUGACCAGUACAACUACUACCACGUCAACUUCAACAACAACAGCUCCUAUGACCAGUACAACUUCAACAACAACAACAACAGCUAUUGUGACUAGUACAUUGACGAUGACUACAAAACAUCAAAUAAUAACAACAUCAUCAAUCAUACUUUCAGAUACAGGUACAACAUUUUUUAAACCCUAA